AAGUUGCAAAAUAAUUGGCUAUCGCAUAAUUUUUAGCCAAUUCAAGAAUAGAAGCCCGGUGGUGAGGGUAGGUCCAAAUAUGGUCGCAUUUCAUGGGCGCUGUUCGCAAUAUGGUCGACGGCCAAUUCGGAAACUACGCGUGUGUCAAAGUUCGUUUACGUUGUUUGUUGUGAACCGUUGUGUGAAAGAAGUGAAAUUAUGUCUUAAGGUGCGUUGUAUUAUGAAUUGUGGGAGUAAAUGUUCCAAUUUGGGUCCGAAUAAAAGUAUGUUGCACGGCACUUCGAAGUCCAGCACGCGUAAUUGGUGAAUUGGCCGUUCGACCAUACUGCGAACAGCGCCCGUGAAACGCGACCACAUUUUAACCUACCUCCACCACCGAUUUAAGCAGGAGUUGAGUGUUGAGUCUCCUGGUCUCCAGUCUUCUUGGAUUUACCUCGAUUCUGUUUUGCACCUUAAAAUUUUACAAGAAACUAACGAAAGAAAAUGUACACAGACACUACGGACUUGAUUGCAUUUCCAAUUGCAUUCGAAGCAACAGACAGCAGAGUAAGAUGUGCGACGAUACUGUUCGCGUCGCUCUACGUAUCCGUCCGUUGGUGGAGAGCGAGCUGGCGAAAGGAUGCCAGGUGUGCUUGGACACGGUGCCCGGAGAGCAGCAAGUUCGCAUCUCUAAUACCGACAAAGCGUUCACGUACAAUUAUGUGUUCCCUCCUUACGUUGGACAAGAAGAUUUCUAUAACACGGCAAUUAAACGACUUCUGGACAACACUUUCCAAGGCUACAACGUUACGAUAUUGGCAUAUGGGCAGACUGGAAGUGGCAAAACCUAUUCCAUGGGUACCAAUUACACAGGUGUGGAGGAGAAGGGUAUUAUACCGAGAAUUGUGUGCGACAUAUUUAAAACGAUCGAAUCCAAGACAGACUGGAGCUUCAAAGUUGCAGUCUCGUUCAUGGAAUUGUAUCAAGAACAAUUGUACGACCUCCUGUCCGACAAGCAGAAGAGCCAAUCCAUCGUAGACAUCAGAGAGGACAGUAAGAGCAUAAAAAUUGUCGGCGUAACCGAGAAAGAAGUCGCGAAUGCUAAAGAGACGCUGGAGUGCCUGACUCAAGGUUCUAUGGGUCGCGUGACAGGGGCGACCGCGAUGAACGCGCACAGUAGUCGUAGCCACGCGAUAUUUACGUUAUGCAUAAGCCAGCAAAAAAGGGACGAUCCGAACACAGCGAUAGUGGCAAAAUUUCACCUGGUUGAUUUAGCCGGAUCCGAGCGUAGUAAAAAAACCCAAGCCACCGGAGAACGGUUCAAAGAAGGUGUAAAUAUAAACAAGGGGCUGCUGGCCUUGGGCAAUGUUAUAUCGCAGCUCGGUGACGGUGCCCCUGGGACUUAUAUCGGAUACAGAGACAGUAAACUUACGAGGUUGUUACAAGAUUCCUUGGGUGGCAACUCGAUGACUCUUAUGGUUGCCUGUGUCAGUCCCGCCGAUUACAACUUGGAUGAAACUCUUAGUACGUUGAGAUAUGCGGAUCGCGCGCGCAAGAUAAAGAACAAGCCGAUUGUGAAUCAAGAUCCGAAGGUGGCCGAGAUCAAUCGGUUGAACAAAUUGAUUCAGGAACUGCGGCUGGCCCUUAUGAAUCAGGAACUCGGUGUAACGUGUCCCAAGGAGCACGAGGCGCUCGAGGAGAAAUACCGUCUACUGCAGCAAAAGCUUAGAGACAUGACGGAAAAGUUGAACUCGAAUUUAGAAGAGUUCGUAGUUAUGCACGAACGAGCGGAAAUGGCUGAACAAGCUCGGGAGAAAAUCAGACUCGCUUUGGCGUUAUUAUUGGAUGAAUUCAGCCAGGUUUUACAAGAUUUCAGCACUUGUCCAGACAUCGAUGACGAACAGUGUAAUAAAUUGAAGGCGAUGUACGACAAGAUGUUGGAUAUCCAAAAUGACGAGAGGAAAGCGUCCGAACAGCUCCUAAAUCACGAAAUAUCCAACUCGAAAAAUUGCGGCGCCCACAUGGCGGAGAAUGUAGAGGAAUGUGUACGCGCAGAGGCAUCCUCGAACGGUGUCGAGGACAGUUUGGAUUACUUUGACAAAAAGGAAGAGGAGCACACGUUGCGACAAGCAGAGCGAAAUAACGAGGUUCAAAAUAUUAACAAGGAACUGGCGCUGAAAGAGAGCCUCGUGUCGGAGCUCUUAAAGAGCGUCACGCAACAAACUGCGGAAAGCAAUAGGAAUGUCGUAGAGAUGGAACAAGAAAUUAAACGACUACAUGCGGAAAAGGAGGAACAUUUACAAGUGGUUCACACGCACAACAUCAGCUCCAAAUUGGCUGAGACGCGUCGCAAAAAGGUGCAAGAACUUGAGAAACGGAUAGCGGAGUUGACGCGCAAGUGCGUAGAACAGAACAAGAUAAUCAAGGGGAAGGAGAAGCAGGAUCAGAAGAUUAAAACUCUUUCCCGUGAGAUACAAUUGCUAAAGGAGACCCGAGUCAAGCUUAUCAGGCAGAUGCGCAACGAUGCGAACAAUUUUACAAAGUGGAAGCAAUUCAAGGAGAAAGAAAUCAAUAAACUGAAAGCGCAGGAUCGUAAGCGCGAUUGCGAAAUGGUGCGCAUGAAAAUAGAACACAAUAAACAGGAGAACGUCUUUAAGAGAAAAAUGGAGGAGGCCUUUGCGGUUAACAAAAGAUUAAAGGGUGCAUUGGAGAUGCAAAAAAAGGCGAUGCAGCGGCAGGAUAAGAAGGCGGCUAACAACAGAGAGGAGAUAAAAACUUGGGUGGCUCAAGAAUUGGAAGUGUUAACGGCGACCGUAGAAAUGGAUUAUUCCCUUGAGAAACUGAUGCAGGAUAGAGCUUCCUGGGUACAUCAGUUGGAGCAGCUUGAAAAGAGCAAUGGCAAUCCGGAUGAGGGAGAGCUUGCGACUAUUACCGAAUUCAUACAGCUGCGUAACGCACAAAUUGCAGAUCUGCAACAAAAGAUUCUCGAGUCCGAUCAAGAAACUAGGUCAAGCACCAGGUGGAACGUAAUACGCACGACAGCGGACGCCAAGGUGGGGCUUGAAACGGUGUUCCAGAUAGUUACGCAGGACAGGAAGCAGCAGUGUUACAAGUAUGACCAAUUGAAAGAAAAGAAUCAGGAUUUAGAAGUACGGCUAGAAGAAUAUGAAAAACGGCUAGAAAAAUAUGAGAAACGGCUAAAGGAAUGUGGAAGAGUAAAUACGAUAUCUUCGUCCGAUACGUCCUCCAGCGAUGCUGAGACAAAAUCUUUGACAAAAUCCAAAAGACAGGUCUUGGAGAACAAUUUGAAUAGAGCGAACAAACCGUUGCCUAAGAAAAGAAGGGGGGAAGGUAGCACAGAGGUAAUCGAUGAGAACGCUUACUUGUCGCCCGAUGAGAGUUCAAUGAUAGAGGACGAUAUCGAUAAAGAUCCAGAUUGGAAGAAGACACCGCUGUACAAUCGCAUACAAAAGAUGCAGAACAAAUCGAAACUCUCGAUUCAACGAUUAACCUUUAAAUUUGAACCGAAUGGGAGCCUGAUAAGAUGCGCUUGUAAAACGAAAUGUGCCACGCGAAUAUGCACGUGUCGUAAGAAUGGCGUUGCCUGCGCCGACUGUGGCUGUGACGCUGUACAGUGCCAGAAUAAAGACCCACAGAAUUCGCAUGCUUCGCUAUUUUCGGAUGAGAAGAAGAACGAGGUAACACAAAUGGGAUUAGAGAAGUUGACGGAUCAUAUUUUCUAAUUGUUUGUUAUUUAUAUAUUUACCUACUUGUUAAAUUGUACAAACUAUUGUCCCACUUGCUGCAGACAAUUGUCUCCUUUUUUAUCAUCUCACUUUCAUUCCCAUCGGCACACACACGAUAAUUUCAGGUAAAUUGGAUUAACCGAUGAGAAUGAAAGUGUAUUAUAGGCAGUCUUUUUACAUUUAACGCUUUGUACCAACGUAGACCAAUUAUAAAUUACAUGUGUAAAAUAAACCGAGAUGUCACAAAAUCA